AUGGUCAUUAGACACUCGAAAAUUUGGGCCAAACUGACAGCGGCAGAGGUGAAUAUGGCAAAUAACGCCGAGGCAUGGAGGGCAGGCAAACACCCAGGCUACGAAGAGACCGCGUGGGCAGGAAUCGAGCAGACCAUCGAUGUCAUUGCACAAAAAGAGAUCAGGGUGGUCAUUAAUGGAGGCGCGCUAGAUCCCAAAGCGCUCGCUGAGAAGGUCGAUGCCCUGGUCACCGAGAAAAACCUCAACGUCCGAGUUGCAUAUCUCUCUGGAGAUGACUUGUACCCUGAACUCGGACCGAACAUGCCUACCACCAAAGAGAAACUACGACACCUCGAGUCGGAUAACCCCUCUGUCGUGAAGUCUGACUUGACCUUUGCGUUCCUGCAUGCCCCUGACAACAGACCCGUUCCAAUGGUCUCGGCACACGCGUAUCUCGGAGCCCGUGGGAUCGUUCGCGGCCUCAAAGAAGGCGCCCAGAUUGUUAUCUGUGGCCGGGUAGCCGACGCUAGCCCUGUCAUCGCUGCUGCCUGGUACUGGUAUGACUGGGACGAGAUUGAUUAUCACAAACUCGCUGGAGCUCUCGUGGCGGGCCACCUUAUCGAGUGCUCUACAUAUGUGACUGGUGGGAACUUCUCAGGCUUUGAUAAAUAUCCCCUUGAGGAUCUGGUAGCGCCAGGGUUCCCGAUUGCGGAGAUCGAGGACGAUGGUUCUUGCAUCAUCACGAAACACCCGAAUACCCAGGGCAUGGUGACCGCGGAUACGGUUCGAUGCCAGUUCCUGUAUGAGCUGCAGGGCAGUAUCUACCUCAAUAGCGAUGUCAGUGCCCGAAUUGAUAACGUCGUGGUUGAAGAAGUGGGAAAAGAUCGUGUCCGUGUGUCGGGUAUAACAGGGUCACCGCCACCGCCAACCACCAAGCUGGCGGUGUUUUACCAGGGCGGGUACGAAGCGGAAUUGCUGCUGAAUGCUACGGGGUAUGCUACGUCAAAGAAGUGGGACCUGAUUGAGAAGCAGUUGCGGCAUUUUAUUCCCAAUGAUGUGCUGGAUAAUUUGGAAACGCUUGAAUUCCAGAGAGUCGGCGUCCCAGCCCCAAACCCCAAGUCGCAGCUUGAGAGCACGACAUAUCUACGCAUCUUCAUCGCCUCACCUUCAGCACGCUCCGUCGGAGCCGUGUCGAUGGCUAUGAAAGACAUCUCUCUCAAACAUUUCUCUGGAUUCCAUUGCACGCUGGACAUGCGGACUGCCGUGCCACGCCCAUUCCUCGCAUAUUACCCGGCUCUAGUGGAUCAAGAAGACAUCAAAGAAACCAUCCACCUGAUUGAUGGUGCAAAGAUAACAUCUAUCGAAGUCCCUCGUCCAUCCAAGUACGAAGCACUGGCACCAAGAGAGAGCUAUGACCCGACAAACACAUCCUGGCUGAACGACGAGCAAUUGACCGAAGUACGGCUGGGAGACGUGGCUCUGGCCCGUUCUGGCGACAAAGGCGCGAAUCUCAACUUUGGGGUUUUUGUUCCUGAUCCGCAGCAAUGGGAAUGGCUACGGUGCUACAUGACCGCGGAGCGGAUGCGCCAGCUCACCGGCGAGGACUGGGACGAGUCGUUCUAUAUCGAGAGAGUGGAGUUUCGACGUAUUCACGCAGUGCAUUUUGUGAUCUAUGGAAUCCUGGGCCGUGGCGUGAGCAGUUCCAGCCGGUUGGACGGGCUUGGGAAAGGGUUUGCUGAUUAUAUCCGGGAUAAGAUUGUAGAGAUUCCGGCGAGACUACUUUCGUGA